AUGGUGGUUGAUCUUGUCAUUCCUUACACACAUCCUCUUUAUUUGCAUCCAUCGGAUACUCCAGGGUCUGUCAUUUGUCCUGUUAAGCUAACAGGAUCAGAAAAUUAUGGCUUGUGGAGAAGGUCUAUGCGAAUUGCUUUACAAGCAACGAGGAAGCUAGGUUUUGUGAUGGGAACUUGUACGAAGGCAAGUUUUGAAACUAAGUAUCAUGAUCAAUGGGAUACCUGCAAUGCGAUUGUUCUCUCAUGGCUUAUGAAUACUGUGUCUUCUAAUCUCUUGAGUGGCAUUGUGUAUGCGUCUGAUCCAUCACUAGUUUGGGGAGAUCUGAAGGAACGGUUUGAUAAGGUUAAUCGUGUAAGGAUUUAUCAGCUACAUCGAGAGAUUGCUACAAUUGCACAGGGGAUCGAUAUUGUUUCAGUUUACUUUACAAAGUUAAAAGAACUAUGGGCAGAGUAUGAUGCAAUGGUGAUAUUUCCAAGCUGUGGAUGUUCGAAGUCAAAGGAUUAUGUUGAGCAUUUGCAUCAACAACGACUAAUUCAAUUUCUUGCAGGAUUAAAUGAAUCACACUCGCAGGCUAGGAGGCAAAUACUCAUGAAAACUUCUUAA